AUGACCAUCCAAAUCACCGAGGGUUCUCCAGUCCACGACAGCGGUGCUUACUACCACGCCGGCCGCGGCGGUGCAGGCAACUACCGCCGUCUUACCAGCAGCUUCUUUAGCUCCACUCCCCCAGCAACUACUAUCCCCACUACUACACCUGCCACUACCACUCACACCCAAGUUUUCUUUGGAGGCCGCGGUGGUGCCGGAAACAUCAAGCCCAAGACCGAGCGAGCAAUGUUUUCCUUUGACGAAGAGCUUGAGCGUGAUCGAUUGUUCCACCAGCACCACGCCCCAGUCUACUCCAUUGGCCGUGGAGGUGCCGGAAACGUCGUUCCUGCCCACAGUAACACUGUUUCAACUGAGCCAGACUCACCACGAAGCUCAACUAGCUCCACCUGCUCAAUCAGAUCAGCUCCCCGCUUCUCAACCUCAAGCAUAAGGUCAGGAGCCGACAAGGUGUGGGACACUUUGACUCGCGUCAACUCUAGAUCAUAG